AUGGCUUCCAAACGCGCGGUUCAACUCGGCGUCCGCGCACAUGCCUCGGUCAUAGGUCGACAAACUUCGCGAUUGCGCUUCAAUGCUAUACAAGCUUUCAGCCUUGCGUUGCGCCAGCAAAGCACAAGCACUUCUAAGAGCAGGUUGUCAGUUUGGGAGAAUACCCCCAGUGUGCAAUUGGCGCCUGUACAGAAGAGAUGGCAUUCGCAACAGCCACCCAACCUAAACAAAGUCUACCAGUUUGAGGAUGUCCUUCACAUUCUCGAACACCCCUCUGACUCUCGACUGCUCAUCGACGUGCGCGAACCCCAUGAAUUCGAGGCCAAUACUAUCCCUACCUCCAUCAACAUCCCCGUUACAUCGCAGCCAGAUGCGCUACUCCUAAGCGAGGAAGACUUCGAGGAUCGCUUUGGGUUCCAGAAGCCACCUAAGGGCAAAGAGGUUGUGUUUUUCUGUAAGGCGGGGGUUAGGAGUUCGGCAGCGGCCGGUAUUGCGAGACAGGCUGGAUAUCAAAACGUUGGUGAAUACCGUGGCUCAUGGCUUGACUGGCAGAGACGCGGUGGACCAGGUACAAAAACCCCGCCGAAGCCGGAUGGUAUUGGAGAGCCCAAAGAGCCUACGACGGAAACUAAGCCCACGGAAAGGACGGGUAGCAGUGGAGAAGAGGAUAUUGGCACCCAAGGACAGCCAGUACCACCACCAGGGGGCAUUGUUACUGGUCAACAGUAA